AUGUGCACCGCCAUGCGAGAGAUUUACAAUCCACUGGGUGUGAUUGAUGAUCUCUUCGCAGUCCGCACCAAGGGUUCCACGCUGGAUCCUCCUCAUGAGUGGGGUGAGAAGGCCCACUUCCUACAAGCUCUGCGACUCGAUGAGGAAGACAAUUUCAGCAAGAUCCCAUGCUUGAAUGAUGUAGAGUUGGUUGAGAGCCUUCCGCCAUUCAGCUUGGUGCGAUAUCGAUGCAUGGUGCAGGACAUAUUCGAUCCAGAGAUGUAUGCUGCUUUCUGCGUGACAAAGACUGAGGGAGAUCUACGCCUGGUGAACUUGAAGUAUCGAGAACGACUUCCUGUUGGCGAUCUCGAGGAUGUGGGGAACGCUGCACUCAGGAUGCGUGGAGCAUACUACUGCGUACCACUUCCCGGAGAGACUUCUUGGGCAAAUCAGCCAACACAGUCCAUGCAUUCCGGCGCACACUGCCCAGAAGCCACACUGGCUUCGGGAAUGGGAUUAAAGCGUCGCCGGGACGCGGACAUAAACAUGGAGAAUGUCGAUGCUCAAGCCGAAAGCCACGAAUGCCCCGAAUGCCCAACAGCUUUGCCUUCCUCGGCCAGAGCAAGGCACAACUCGGCCCCCGCAGCAUCUCCGGGCCAAAAUGCAGACAGCUUUGGCUUGAAUUUCCCAUUACCUUGGGAAGAGACAGACAGGCGCAAGACACCGUGCAUUGUGAAGCUGUACGAUGAGGAUGAAGAGGCUUUGUCUAAACUGGGUGAGACAGUGGAGGUGCUGGGCAUCCUUUGUGUGGACCCAGCCAUGGCCAACCUCGGUGAAGUUUGGAGUCCGGCCGGUGCAGAUGCCCGUGAUCCAUCCACAGCUUUGGUGCCCAGGUUGCAUGGGCUCCUGGUCAGAAAGCUCCAGAGUUAUCAUCCAAUGUUCCCAUUCACAGCCAGUUGGCUGUCAGAAGAGCGCUUGUCCUUGGCUUUUCAGGGCCGGCUUGGAGGUCCUGGCGCUGUCGUGGCUGCUCGGGCAACAGCCGUCGCCUUGUUGCAGAAGUCUCUUGGCGACAGCGUGGCAGCGGAGUACGUCUUGGCCAUGCUCAUUUCCCGUGCCCACGAUGCUGGCCUUGGGCAGUGGUCUCUCAAUCUCACCCAUUUAGACCCUUCGCAGGGCACGGUCAGCAACCUCUUUCGUGCCAUUCAGGAACUGAUGCCCCGAGCUGUCUGCCUGCCCCUGACGACGGAGUUACUCAACUCCGGGGGCUGGCGUCCACGGAAGGACUUCGAGGCCAACCGCUUACGGGCUGGCAAACUCCAACUAUCCGCAGGCACCGUCCUCGUGUUGGAUGAGACGCAGCUGGAUGAGGGACAUCUAAAUGCAGAAGGUGUUGCUUCCUUUGGUGCAGUUCAGAACAUAGUCUCAAAGCAAACGCUGCCAUGCGAUUUCUCAGUUUGCACCAUGGAGAUUCCGCUGGAGAUCAACAGCCUCGUUACCUCAAGGGGUUGUUCAGUGCUGAAGGUUGAUGCCGUGAUGCUUCCGCUCUGCAAGGACGCUGACAUCACGAACUGCCAGGAAUCUUCCAAUUUGGAUGCCUCGCGCUUUUUUCUUGGCUUGAUCACCCGUCAUACUCAACAGCUGCGCAUUCCCGAGGACGUGGCUCACACAAUGAGUGGAGACUAUGCGAAAAUGCGGAACAAGUUUCUAGAAAUUGGACAGUCGACUCUUUGCAGGUGGGUUUCCUUGGCAAGAUCGAUAUGCCUUUCUCAUGGUGAGGAAGAGCUUUCGCUGUCUCGGUGGCAGUCCAUCCUCGAGCUUGAGAAGCAGCGUUUGCAGCGAUGUGUAGAUGCCGGCUUCAUUCAUCUCCGCUGA